AUGGAUGCAGUUAACCGAGAUGUGAACCCAUCAUAUGGAAACCUUGUGGAUGGAAGCAGGAGAAUUGUCCCCAACAGAAAAGUAAUAGAUUUAAGGGAAAAGCUGAUUAUGUUUAUGGAACUCAAUCUACCCGAUGGAAAGAGAGUUCUCCAAACUUGCACAAUUAGACUUGCGAUGAACCGUUCACCCCGAGGAGGAAAGAGUGCCACCAGCAUCACAGAAGAAUCAUCCAGCGAGCAUGUUGUUGCGGAGAAACAAACCAAGGGUGGUGACACAUCAACCCCACCUGGAAUCAAGAACGUGGAGAAAACAUGCAAAAACCCGCGUGAGUGA